AUUAUAUCCUUUUAAAAUAUAAAUAAUAAUAACAUUAAUUUUAUAAUACGAGAAAUUUCAUUCAAUAAAUAUUCAUUCAAUAAUAAAUAAAAAUAAUAAAAAUAAUAAUAAUAAUAAUAAUAAUAAUAAUAAUAAAUACAAGUCGUUUUCACCACAAUAUCCUCAAAAACUCUAAACAUAUAUAAAUAAAAAUGAAAAAAGAAUUACCAUUACCUGACCAAAGUGCUUUCAUCGAAUCAAACUAUAAUAAAUAUAAAUCAUAUAGUCCCCCUAGAGCACCUAUAAAAGAUUAUUUUAAAGAUAACGAUAUUUUUUGUACAAAUAUAAACAAUUUAAAUAUAGACAACAUAGAAAAUAAUUUUAACAACAAUAAUAUAAAUAAUAGCAUAAUUAUAAAUAAUAAAAUAAGAAAUAGAAGUUUUGUCAUAAACAGUACUAGUAGUAUGCAAAAUAUUAAUAACAGUAAUCAUAACAGUAAUAAUAAUAGUAACAGUGCUUUUGAUUGUGCAGAUAUAAAUGUAAAACCUUGCGAUUUUUUAUACGAACUUGCCAAAAUGUAAAAGUGAUGAAAAUCUUUGGGAAAAAAAUUGUAAAUAGCAAUGUAUAUAAAUUUAAAAAACUUGUAAUUAAUAAGGAAC